GCGCCGAGCCGUCACAACUCAAUCUAGUUCCUCGGAGGCUGCGAGACCGCCAAGAGCCCCGCUGCCGACGUUCCCCGAUCGCUCGCUCUCGUGUGUUAUAGCCAGGCAGUCGGUGCGCUGCUCCCGAGACGCGCAGUUCCUGCAUCUCAGUGCCGUGGACUGCCGCGCACGUAGUAUACACAGUGCGAGAGACAGCGACGCGUAUACAGUGUGCCGUUGUGUGUGCAGCCUUCUUCGCUCUCGAAUAAUGUGAUUGACCGUGCUCCGUAGCCCCGCACGCAACUCUGCAAACGAGGACGCGCAACGUCGCCGUCAUGUCCUGCCGGUGUCACAGCUCGACGCUGCUGCUGACGCUGCUGCUGCCGCUGCUGCUGCCGCUGAUGCUGGCGGCGGCUGGUCGGACCUCGGGAAGCAGCAAGGCGGCCCUGCCGAUCAGCAUGGUCCAGAGCAACUCCAGCGAGACGGCCCUGCUCGUGGAGGAGCAGCAGCCGCUGGAGAACGCGACGGUGAGCUGCGACGACGCGAGGCUCAGGUGCGCCUACAGGACCGGAUGCGGCAGGGCUCUGCAGCACUACCUGACGCUCUGCGCCUCGUCGCUGCAGGGCGGCGUCAACGACUGCCCGGAGAUUUGCCAGCACGCGCUCAUCGGGCUCAUGAGCACCGACGAGGGCAAGGAGCUCAUGAUGUGCGACUGCGCGGAGAACGACGUCAUGUGCAAGUUCUCGAAGCAGCGCGCGGAGAUCUGCCGGGCGAGCGUCACGGCGACGAUGAACCGCACGAGGGUGUCCUGUCGGGUGGCCACGUGGAUCUGUAUCGCCGACACUCUCUGCUCCACGGCCCUGCAGUACUACAAUGAGAACUGCAAGCGCAUGUUCCACGGCAAGAAGUGCACCAAGCGCUGCCGCAACUCGAUCAACAUCCUGCGGAGGCAGGAGAAGGCCGAGAAGCUGAACACGUGCUACUGCGACGGCAUCGAGGAGUACGACUGCACCGCGAUACACCGCAACAUGGACGAGCUGUGCUUCAACAAGCCGGCCCAGCACAACUACCGGGAGCAGCAGCUGGGCGCGGCCGGCGGAGCUGCCAGCGGCGGGGGCGGAAAGGGCACCGGCUACAGGAACGAGGACCCCAGGAGGGACAGGCUGCCGGCGAACGCGGCCGUCCGACGGGAGAGCACCUCCUGGAGGAUACUGCUGCUCGGGCUCGUGCUCCUGCUCCACUCCCUCCUCGGCCGAGAAGAAUGAGCGGAGACGAGCACUGGCACCGACUGCUGGCAACUCCCAUGAACGAACGUGUGUCCGGAAACAGUAUUUUUGCGAGUGAACGACCAAAGACUCCGUAAACGUUUACGUGGAAUCAUCAGGGGACAUCGUCAUCGUCGCGAGGAAAUGCCGGAGGAAAAAUUCGCGCCAAAGACAAGAGGAGAAGAACGAGAGCAGCGCAAGAGAAGAGAAAGAGAGCGGAGAGCGAGCGAUCCCUUAAACAUUCUGCAUAGUAAGUAGGCUGCCGCGAGAGCGAGAGUACGUCUACAAGCGAGACGUACCUAUAUACAGCCAUACGGAUGAACGUUUUGCGCGGCGCCCGAUGAGAGACGACCAAGCGACCACUUCCGUUUUGUAAUGUAGAUUAAUUAAUGGAGAUUAUGGCUUGUAGCAAUUAUCAUAUAGUAAUUUAUAUCUCGUAUAGGGCUGACGAGUGCGCGCGGCCAGGGGAGGGGGGUUCAUUAUUCUGUACGUGAAAUCCGAGCUUUCGCCGUUCCUUUUUCAUUUAACUUUAUUAUUUUUAAUAUUAUAUUGAUAGUUUUUCUUUUUUUUCUAUUAGAAAUUGGUUAUAUAUAUAUAUUUACUCCAAAGUUAGAGAAGACCUGAUUUUAUACAAUGCACGGAAAUUAUGCUCGUAAAUAAGAAGACCGUAAUUCGAGGAUGAUUCUUUUAUAUCUUUUUUUUUGUUUCUUGUUGUCAUAUUAUUUUAACUAGUUGAUGAGAAUCGAAAAGUUUCGAUUUCGUUAUGGAACUGGUGUUGUUGCGUAAACUAUCAUCCUACUUGACAAGUGUAUGAUUAUUAUUAUUAUUUUCUGUACAGCCGAGAGCGAAAAAUUGUUGAAUUCGAUUGUGUAGAUUUUAUGUGUACCUGUAUUGUGUGUGUAUAUGCGAGAUUUGUAAAAAAAAAAA